AUGUCUCUCUUUGGGCAGCGCCCUUCGGGCUUUGGUACCGCUACGAAUACUCUUGGUCAGAACCAGGCCCCCGGCACAUCUUCCCUCUUCGGCCAGCCUCAAAGUCAACAACAGCAACAGCCUCAGAACCAACAACAAUCCAAUCUAUUCGGUGGGAGUUUAUUAGGUGGAAACACGCUUGGCCAGCAACAACAGCAACAACAACAGCCGUCUAAUGCCUUUGGUGGUGGAAGCUUGUUGGGUCAACCGCAGGCCCAGCAACAGCAGCAGCAACCUGGAGGUGCUGGCUUCAUGAAUGCGAGCCAAGGACCAGCACAGCGUUCCAGCUUGAUCUGGGAACCAGGUCGAGAGUCAUUAAUCCACAAACCUGUCACUGAGCAGAUCGAAGGGAUGCUUGCAAAAUGGCAUCCUGAUAACCCUAACACCGUUUUCAAGUACUAUUUCUACAACAAGGUCGAUCAAGCGCGCGUUCCCUUUUAUCAGCCCUCUGCGUCAGAAGAUCCCCGAGAAUGGGAACAAGCUGUCCACGACAAACCAGGUCCUGGUUACAUGCCCGCCCUUGCCACUGGCUUCAAGGCAGUCAGUGAGCGCCUCGUCAUGCAGAAACAAGCGCUAGGGAACUAUAGGCAGGCCCUACACGCCAUCAACUCCAGUCUAGACGCGAUUCUCUCGCAACACGAUCUACAGACAAGCGUGCGGACCCUCAAUGCCCGACGGAAACACGCGAUGCUACGGCAAAGAUGUCUCGCGCUGGCAACGAAGGUGCAGGUCCUGCGCAACCGUGGAUAUUCUCUGGAUAAGGAGGAAGAUGAGCUGAAGACUAAGUUGGAGACUCUCGACCGAGGCGUGACAGACCCGGCCCUUAGCGCACGAACGGAAGAGCUGUGGAGCCGCCUGAUAAUGCUACGAGGAUAUGCGGAUAGCCUCCAGCAAGAAGUCAACCAACGUGGCGCGGAAACCCAGGAAGGUAUCGGAGAGGAGAAUGAGGCACAAGCUAGAGAGAUCCUGGACAAGUUUGAUAAGCAGUUGCAGUCGCUCAAGACUGCGCUGGAACAGAUUAAAAAGGACUACGACGACUGGACCGAGGCAAACCCGCCCCCGAAGAAAUAG